AUGCCGACGGCUGAGGCCGUCGGCAUAGGCCCCUAUGCCGACGGCUAUACUAUGCCGACGGUCCACUCCGUAUCGCUGCAGACAAUUGAUGUCGGUAGCCACCUCGUACGGAUCAGUAGCAUCGAUAUCGUGACACCUAACCUUAAGCAGUUGGAAUUGAGAAUUGACGGCCACACAGACCUCAGAGUGUCCAUCUCAGCGCCAAUCGUGGAGAAGGUCGUGUGGAAGCGCUAUUUUUCAGAGACAAGUCUUCUGUUUGGUUUUUGGCAUCUCGCGAGCAUGGACUUAGGGCCAGCAGACAGCUUUACAGACGUCCCUUCUGUUCAUGUCCUCUCUUUGGAUAUAUCUGUGCGGGAUCAAUUGUAUGAUUACCUGGACCUUGCACAAGAGGUGGAUUUUUCACAAGAGAUAGAGAACCUUCCAGUUUCCAACUUGUCUGUGUUGGAGCUAUAUAUUGAUACGGGUGGGCAUGUUUUCGGAGCGCUUGUGUGGCGUCUCCUUGGGGUGCGUCAGAUUUGUGCCGCUGCGACACGGCUAAUAAUCGACAUAGCUCCUUGGAACUCGGAGAAACAAACAUGCCCAGAAAAUUGUCCUUGUGACGAGCCAAAGAAUUGGAGAUGCCAAAGUAUCUCGUUGACCCGUCUUGAAGAAGCACAAAUCGACGGCUUCACUGGAGAAGAUCAUGAACAUGAUUUCUUAGAACUGAUAUUCAGAUCUUCACCAAUGCUUAACAGAGUGGAUCUGAAAUUGGUACCUAACUUUCAAGGUUGCACCAAGAAAAUCUACAGCACUUUCUUGGCGUAUCCUCCUGUGAAGGGCUAUGUCUAUUUCAGCUCCGCUGAACUGGUUCCGCCACCAUCUGAUUAG